UCCCAGCCCUCUUCAGUAGUUUCUGCUAGUAAGUUAGGUAGCUGCAUAGCCGCAAGUACAAAACAGAUUUGAAAGAAGAGAAACGCAGCGCAGCCGAGUAUAUCCGCAUGGACUUAAAGCUCUAUUUAAUGUAAGGCAACGUAAGACCAGGAUGCUUGGUUUUGUUACAUUUUUAUGAAAUAUCUGUGGACGAAGACGGCAAAAGACCUCCGGGUUUGUUGAGUUAGCUAGGUUAGGUUAGCAGUUAGCUAGCCGAAGUGUACCAAACCGGCGUUUUGUUAUUAGCCUAGCAAGUUGGCUAGCUAGCUCUCUGUGAAACCGACCUUCAUGGUUGUUCGUAGCUUGUGGUUGUUUUUGGAGCCGUACAAACCCAGUUGUCACCAAUCGUCAAUUAGCUUUCUGAACAGUUGGUAGUUAGUAGCCAGAAGGUACAAGAAAGGCUACAUUAAAAGGGAAGUUUCUUUAGCAAGUGAGCCUGUUAGGGUUCACGAAGUCAAAAGAAAGCUGAAAGCUGCAUGGAAAUAAUAUAUUUCCAGGCACCUCCUAUUUUAGCUCCUUGUCAUGGAUGAAGGCAGCCUGGAACAAGCCAUUGAAACCUACAAUGCUCAGCUUCAGCAGGUGGAGGCUGCCCUGGCCUGUGGUCUGGGUGCUUCUGAGCAGGCAGACCUGCUUAAGUUAAAAGAGGAUCUGUUACAGCUUAUUGAACUUACAGAGUCCAGCUUGGUUUCAGUCAAGAAGAGCCGACUUUUAGCUUCACUUGAGGAUUCCUCAACAACACUAACUGAGACUCAAGAACAGCCCAAGGAGACCAACUUGGACGCAGAGUUUGCUGCCUUUUAUUCUGAGCUGUCUGAGAGUGGUGGGGAGGUAGUGCAAAGCCCCAAGCCUGAUGAUGAGGAAGAGGAGGAGGAGGAAGAAGAAGAAGAAGAUAUUAGUGGCACUAAAGUACGAGCACCUUAUCACACCUCUUGGGGGACACUUGAGUACCAUAAUGCCAUGGUAGUGUGCUCUGAGGAACCAGAUGGGGAAGAGACUCGAGUGAGAGUGCUUUACCUCUAUCCCACACAGAAGUCCAUGAAACCCUGCCCUUUCUUUCUGGAAGGCAAGUGCCGCUUCAUGGACACCUGCAGGUACUCUCAUGGGGAGGUGGUGCGUGUGUCCGAGCUGAGGGACUUCCUUGAAGCAGAUCUUACAAACAUGCAGCCGGGAUCCUCGUGUCUGGCCAAGCAUGAAGACAGCAUCUGGUAUCCUGCCAAAAUUACAGAGAUCGAGGGUGGCUUUUACACAGUAAAAUUUGAUUCUUUGCUGCUGAAGGAGGCUGUCCUGGAGGCUGAUAGUGUAAUUCCUCCUCUCCGGCCAGACGAAUCCUCCUCUUCCUCCUCUGACUCAGAAGAAGACUCUGAAGAAUGUGACGCAGGCUAUGCUAAAGUUUUCAGUUCAUAUAAAGAGGAGGACUUCACCCCAGCAAACACUGCUGAGUUCUGCGGCUGGGAAGCUCAUACUCGUGGCAUUGGCUCUAAGCUCUUGCUGAAAAUGGGCUAUGAGUUAGGGAAAGGUUUGGGGAAGACCCUUUCGGGCCGUGUGGAGCCUGUGCAGGCUGUGGUCCUCCCUAAAGGCCGCUCCUUAGACCAGUGUGCAGAGCUCACUCAGCGGAAGACUCGGGCUGCCAUCGGCAAAGACAAUCCAGUCUCUGGCAAACGGAAAAUAAAAAGGAAGCGGACUUCUACUUCAACGCGCCCUAAUGUGUUUGACUUUUUGAACUCUAAACUGGGAGAUGCCACUAGUUCUGCUACCAUGCCUUCCGUUAGCUGCUCGGCCAGUGGGGUGGAGGCCUAUCAGGGAGGUAAGAGCACCAAGCGCUCCCUUAACGUCCAGCUCUUUCAGGCCACCGAGAGAGUGAGCCAGGUGGAGAAAGAAAUCCAGCGACUCACAGAGUCUCUGAACAGACGAAACGGAAGGGAUGCCACACUGAUGAGCCGGGUGGAGGAGAAGCUUGCUGCAUCUCGUAAGCUGCUGCGGCAGCUGAAGGCUCAGGAGCAGUCCAUCCAAAGAGCUCAGAAGAAGGCAGAUACACAUAAAAAAAUGACUGAAUUUUGAUCUCAUACUUGCUUUCUCACAAAUCACAAACAGUCUUCUGUGUUCUUAUUCAUACUACUGCUAUUAUGAAUUGUGUUCAUCCUAUAUUUGAACCACUGAGCAUGGUGUCUGCUUAUAAAUGAGAUGAGACAGAAAGUAAAUGCGAAAUGACCUUUUUUUCAGGGAGCCAAUGUUAUUGUUUAAUUUUUUUUUUUAUUUGUCCUUUUUCUUUUUCAUGAUUCUUCUCAGAAUUUUGUUUCCUAUUUGAAAGUGCUUCAUAAUCUUGUUCAUCUCUUGAACUGGUUCAGUAGACCAUGCAUUUAAUUAAAUUUUUUUUUAAAACGUCACACUGAGUAUUCCUGUUAAGUGAGUGUGCAGCAGAUAUAGGUAAAUUAGCUACAGCAAGAUUAACCAGGGAGUUGGAACGUCAACAGUUACA